AUGGACAUUUCACCUUAUAUCCAACAUGAAAUGGUGAUUUUUGGCUGGCAGUCCGUUCUCUAUAGCGGCUUUUUGAUGUUGCGAAUUGCUUUAUAUGUUCUAUUGGAGAUAUGGGAUAAGUUUUGUUUUUUGGUUGUUUUAGCAGUUAAAUCUGAGGCACCGGAUAAGGCGCCUGCGAAAAAUGGAUCAAGCUUCAAUCAGCUUCUUGGUAUUAAAGGAGCUGCCCAAGAAUCAGUGAGUGAACUUCAGCUUUAUUGCUUUUUGUUUCCAUUCUCUGAUUUGGAUUUGAAGUUUGACUUCAAUUUUCGUUGCGGAUGGAUAGGAAAUUUCCAUUGGAACGUUGAGGAUGUUGCUAAAUCAAUUUUGUGCAUGAUGAUGUCUGGCCCAUUCCUGACAGGAUAUACACAGACCCUGAAUGAUUGGUAUGACCGAGAAAUUGAUUCAAUAAACGAACCUUAUAGACCAAUUCCUUCUGGUGCAAUAUCUGAGAAUGAGGUAAUAACUCAAAUAUGGGUGCCGCUACUAGGAGGUCUUACCACGGCCGGUAUAUUGGAUAUAUGGGUGGGUACUCGCUAAACAAUUACAGGUUCC